CGGGGUCCUGAGUCACAAAGGCGGUUGCUAGGCGCUCGGUGGAGAAAAGAUGCGGCAGCUACCCUGGAGCGUGCAAUCCGCGUGGAGUUCAGUAGGACUGUCAAUGGCAGGCUACCAGCUCUGGUCACCAUGGACCCCACUGGAUGAGAGUUUCCAAUGGCUGCGGCAUACUACACCUACCCCUUCCUCCAAACAUCCUUUUAGGGCCUCUCCUUGCUUCCCCCACACCCCUUCUGACCUUGAAGUGCAGUUGUGCCUUCAAGAAGUCACACUUGUCCUAGACAGCCCACUUGUGGAACCUGGAGAGAGCCCCAAGUUACCCUGUCACACAUCAGAGCUCCAAGCCGUGAGUAACAAGAAAGGGGUGGUGAGGAGGCCCCAGCCGGUCCGCCUCAGUGGAGUGGAUUCUGUGUUUGGUAGGGUCAUCACAGCCCAGCCACCCAAGUGGACCGGAACCUUCAGAGUUUCAGACAAGUCAGCCUUCUGCAAAAUAAUCAGCAGGGAGCACCAGUGGCCUACUGGACUCAAGGAGCCUCAGAUCCAAAUGACAGUGACUAUGUGCAAACAGAUGCUACGCUCAAUCCUCUUGCUGUAUGCAACUUACAAGAAGUGUACCUUUGCCUUGCAGCACUCCAAGUAAAGGGUCCCCGUUGGACCCCUGUCCUCAACACCAUGCUCUCUGGUAUGUACCCAAAGCUUGCACAGACCUAUCCACAUAAAUCAAACUGAUAUCAUGCCAGAUAUUUCGCCUUUAGGUCAAGCUGUGACAAUUCAAGAGAUCCCCUUCUCCCUUGCUGUUCAGAAAUAGGACCUAUGACACUGAGCAAGGAAGAACAUUCCCACUCUAUAAAGCUGAAUGGCCAUUUAAAAGUUAACCUAACUUGAUGUGCACAUGUGAUAAUGAUUACCUUAUCAUAUAAAUAAGCCAGCCUAGUGUGAGCACAACUCAAAUACCAAAGACAAUGAUGAGCUGGUGAAGAAAGGGAGGCCAAGAAAAGACAGGUAUGGAUCUCUGGGUACCAGAGGAUGAAGGGGUCAAAAAUUUGUACAUGGGUUAAGGACUAAUUUAAAAACAGCAUUCCCUCCUCAAACCAAUGUGAAGAAGAAAAAACAAAACAACAACCCAAUAAAACAUAACUUUAAUACUGGUCUGAGUAAAAACAUUAACAAACAUUAAAUAAUCUUAAUGGCACAGCAAGGAAGAGCCUGGCAACGGCUCUGAGACUGGGCUUCCUGGCAGAAGACAGAAGAGUCCCCUGUUUUAGCUCCUGGUGUUCUAUUUCAAAUAUAUUACAAUUAUUUUGUAUGAUUCUUACAAGUAGAUUCUAGGCAUAAUUGAGAAUAAUGUGGAAAUAAAUACUAUAUAUACAUACAAAGCCA